UGUCAAUGAUGAUCAAGAAAAUGAGCAAUAAAAAAAUUAAGUUAUUGCCAUAUUGUUUUUCGUGAGCAAAAUGCAUGUUUUGUUAUUAUUGCCAAAUACAGUAAAAUGUAAAUUAGAUGCAUUCUGGGAUUUGUGUCAAUAUGGCAGCCUGGAUGUUGUUCAAGCUUGUAGCCAAAGAACUAACCCUGUUGUACACUUCUGAGCUAAGUGCUCAGUUUAUUUGCAUUUUGUUAAAUUUCCGUGAAAAAAAUAAAUUCAACACCACAGCAACACAAGAUUUAUAUAGACAGCCACGUUAGGACAACUUGCUAGUCGACUAAUGCCGGUAGCCAGCUGAUCAGGUGUGUAAUCGUUAGCCAAACACCUGCAAAAAAGUUUAUAUUGCACAAAUUCAGAUCACGGCUAUACACAACACAAUUAGCCAAUGCAGGCAACUUCUCUGGACAGCCUAGUAAAGCUGCUGGACAUAUCUGGGGUCUGGCUCAACAAGCAGUCUGCAAAUUGGCCUGCCAGACGUCAAGACCAAGGGGCAGUGCUGAAGUUCAUCCUGUCGACUGGCAUAUCCUCUGGGAGUUUGUCAAACCCCAGCUCUUUGCCCUUCUUGGUGCUGUCGUGUUACCCAAUGAGACCUGGCCAACAGAUCCUGAAGAACUUCAACCUCAUCAUCCCCCUCUCUAAGACUGUCGCUAUCGUUGGGGAAUCAGGAGGGAAGUCUACAGUGGCCUCCUUGCUGGAGCUUUUCUUUKACCCCAGCAGUGGUGUGAUCAUGUUGGAUGGCCUGGAUAUCUGGACACUGGACCCAUCUCAGAGGACAAAUAAUUUGAUUCAUCAAUCAGGAGCCUGCCACUUCCUCACAGGCUUUCCAGGUGGAUACAACCCUGURGUUGGUAAGUGACAACACAUUAGUGAGAAAAAAACAUAGCUUUUUGAGUGAGUCUCCCAGAACGGCCCAGAACGUUAUAAAGUCCUGAUUUAUUACAAGUCUAUACCACUCUAAUAAACCCCAGACACACAUACUCAAUGCAUUCCCCUUUUCUCAAUCAAUCAAUCAAAUGUAUUUAUAAAGCCCUUUUUACAUCAGCAGUUGUCACAAAGUGCUUUUACAGUAAGUGCUUUUAUUUAAUAUUGUAUCUCUGUGGACACACAGGUAUCUUCUCUUCCUAGGCUGGAAUUGCUGAGCAAARGAGGGCUGCUGACCUCAUCCGCAGGCAGAGAUCAGAGGGACGGAUGUGAACARUACAUUGCAGAGCUGCCAACUCUCACGCAUUGGCCGUGAGACAAACGCACGCAUUUGACCCUCCUUUCACGCUCUCACGGCACACCUCUUAUAUCUCACGAAUUGUAAAGUACUGCUUUUAUUUUUCAAAUUAGUCCAUUGUAUAGUCAGCACGUUAACUGUGCUCCUAAUCGUUUUGAAAUCGGAGCAUCUGCGCCUGCAAUUUAACAUCACGAGCGGAAUCUCUAUCAUUGUCCUGUCUUGCCACAGCACUGUGAACCGCUUCACAUUGAAGCAUAUGAUUGGUCUAGUUAGGUAAAGGAUCUUUGACCCUAGCAGUGGUGUGAUCAUGUUGGACGGAUGCGUGUUUGGAUUGGAUGCGUGUUUUAAAGAAACGCCCCUCAAUAUUAGAGUGGAGCUGAAUGGAGAGAGAAAAUUAUCUGCUGAGUUUAUAAAACUGUAAAGAGAGCAGCACGGUAGCGCUGUUUCAUGUACAAUGUUUUCAACAAAAUUAGGUUGCUGUUACUCCCGUCCUUAUUGCAGAAUGCAGUCUUCUGACAGCAUGUACUAAAGUCGAUUUAAUCUACACUUGCAUUAGUCCCCUCGAUUGCUGAUUGACAUUUAGGCUGUGACAACAAAAAGGCAGCAGACAGACCUACAGUAUGUUUUAGCAGGGACAUUUGGUAGGAUGACUUGCUUUGUAAUUAUGAAAAKAAUUUUGUCAACCAGAUUGUGAACCCAAAAGUGUAAGUUUGAUUCUAGAAUGGGAACGUUAAAUAUAAAAUAAUCUGGGUAGUGUAGGGGCAGAUUCAUGUCACCUUGUCUUCAGGAGAUUUUAUUUAUUAAAAUAUUGGGUAAUUACUGUGCUUGUCAGCAAGAACACUACUGUUAUUCCCCACACUUAUUUUAAUAUUCCACUAAUCACAUAUUUGAAAUCUGAUAUGACUACAGURCAUUCGGAUUGUAUUCAA